AUGUCUUCAUCGUCAACCGUGUCCAAAUCUCAUAGCCUUCCUGCUGGCACUUAUACCCUUAAGAAUGUCUCCACCGGCACAGUUCUAGAUCUGUGGAACGGGCAAUCCGCUGAAGGCACAACGAUUCAGGGAUUCAAGUCUCACGGCGGAGACAAUCAGAAAUGGCGUCUCAAGUAUACCGGUAAAGGUAACCAAGCGACACUCCAAAACGUCAAGUCCGGUACCUAUGUCGGGACUCAGAGCAACAUCCAGAACAGUGUCAAGGUCGUCGGCUCCAAGACAGCUGUCCCGCUCAUUAUAGUCGCAGCUGAUAAGGGUUUCGCCGUUGAAGCCGCUGAACAUCGUCUGUUCGUUCUUGACCUCAAGGAGAGUAACCCGGCAAACGAAACUCCUGUUAUUUACUAUAACAACAAUGCCACCGACAACCAGAAGUGGGAGUUCCUUUCCGCAUAG